AGAAUCUAGAGGAAGUUGACAAAGUGUCACAGCAGCCCAGCACAAUAUGUGGUGGAGAGUUUUCAGCUUGCUGGCUUGGUUCCCCUUACAAGAGGCCUUUCUGACUAACCACACGGAAACUGUCACCGUGGAGGAAGGCCAGAUGCUCACUCUGAUGUGUGUCACUUCUCUAACCAACACUGCCUCCAUCCAGUGGCUGGCCCCUUCAGGCUUCACCAUCUUUUUAAAUGAGCAUCCUGCUUUAAAAAAUUCCAAAUACCAGCUCCUUUACCACUCGGCUCGUCAGCUCUCCAUCAGCGUGAGCAAUGUAACCCUGCAGGAUGAAGGCGUGUACAAGUGUUUACAGUACAGUGACUCCGUGAGAACAAAGGAAGUGAAGGUGACUGUGAUAGCAACUCCUUUGGAGCCAACCCUGGAAGCUUCAGUUAUCAAAAGGCAAAACGGAGAAGAGCAUGUUGUACUGAAAUGCUCCACUGUGAGAAGCAAGCCCCCUCCCCAGAUCACCUGGCUGCUGCAGAACGACAUGGAGCUCUACGGUGGAACCCACCAUGAAUUUGAAACUGAUGGGAAGAAAUGUAAUACCACCAGCACACUCAUAGUCCACACAUAUGGCAAAAACUCAACAGUGGCCUGCAUCAUCCGACACAGAGGACUGCACGGGAGAAAACUGGUGGCACCAUUCCAAUUUGAAGGUUUGGUUACUGAUCAAGAGACGGCUUCAGAUGCUCUGGAGAAAAGCUCUCUGUCCUCUGAAGACCCUCGGCAGCCCACUAGUACUGUUGCAGUAAUGAAAGAUUCUAGUACAUCAGAGAUUGACAAGGAAGAGAAAGAACAAACCACUCAAGACCCAAAAGAACCUGGCUUGACCAGUGAAGCAAAUCCCCAGUACAUAGGAUUGGCAAGGAAGAACAGUGGCAUUCUGCUACUCACUCUGGUGUCCUUCCUCAUUCUCAUACUCUUCCUCAUAGUCCAGCUCUUCAUAAUGAAGCUGCGGAAAGCACACAUGAUAUGGAAAAAAGAAAAUGAAAUUUCAGAUCACACACUAGAAAGUUACAGAUCAAGGUCAAAUAAUGAAGAAACAUCAUCCCAAGACAAAAAUGGCCAAACUUCCCACCCUAAGGGUUGUAUGAACUACAUCACAAGGCUUUACUCAGAAGCAAAAACAAAGGGGAAGGAAAAUGCACAACAUUCAAAAUUAAAAGGAAAGCACAUUCAUAUACCGGAGAGCAUUGUGUAG